AGUUGACAUGCGAUCCCCAUAUUUCGUUGUCACCUGUGUUCAUUGCCGCGUGUGUGAAAAAAAUUAAGAAUGAAGACAUUGGCAGAUGUACUAAUGAAGGAAAGGAGUUGAAAUUACACAUAAGCGAAGCCCUAGCGACCAACUGUCAGAAAUGCACAGAUAAGCAGAGGAAGGGAACUCGAACUGUCAUAGCACAUCUCAUUAACAACAAUCAAGAUGCGUGGGAGCAACUCACUGCGAAAUACGACCCACAGAGGAAGUACACAGCCCAAUAUGAGAAAGAGUUGAAGACUAUUACCGCGUAG